UUCUUGACAACCCAGUCGACGACAGAUAUUCUAAUCUUCUCUAUUCUCAAAAAAAAAUGUAACGAUAACAUGGUAAGAUUAAGAAAUUAAAUUAAAAAUUCAAAAGUGUGUUUAUUUUGUUAAAAUAAAUCGACCAAGCACUCAUGAUUAAGGAUCAAAAUUUAUUUAAAAUGCCUACACAACUAGAUUUCAUAAAGAAGUCAUUAAAAAAUGUUUGUGUUGAUACCGUGCUGUUGUUUGUCAUGUUAGCUGUAGUCGGACACUUUACUAUAAAUUUUUGGGAAAGAUUUACACUACAAAGCGAACUAACUAACAUGAAACACAGUUUACAUUCACUUAAGGAUACAAUAACUAAUAUAGGAAAAGCCUACGAUGGGCUUCACACGGAACUGAAAGAUUUAGUCAAGAUAGUUGACCAUAAGCCGCACUACGUACCAGAGCAUAAACAUAAAAGAGAAGUAAAAGACAGAUGUAAGACUGAACCUAGUUUAGAAUAUCGAAAACUAAAUGAUAUUCAAGUACAAACGGCUUUAACAGACACAUCGAAAGUUGGCACACAAGUAUUGAUGACUACAGAUAAACAAACUGGACACGAUGGUCACGCACAUAAGAGUACGGGUCCAGUAAUUAGAAACACAGGAACGAAUACUAAAAACCCUUCUAAUACUGUUGGAGUCAUGUCAGAUUUAUCGAAAGUAGAAUUAGAUCGACGUUCCCUAAGUGAUCGUCCCCUAAAUGAUCUUAUACACCUUCAUUCGUUAAACCAUUUAGGUUGUUAUAAAAACUAUGAACAAUGCAGAAAAGUUUGCCACCGCGCAACGUCACAAACAUAAAUAAGCCUUAAUUAUACGAACUUAAGGAUAAAUAAUCCGUGCAUAGGCUGAUAGGCUCCCCUUUCCAUAACUUAGACGAAACGGUUUUUCAAUAAUAUCCAUUAUUAUUCAACUACGUAAAAUAUUUUUCAGAUAUUGUGUGAGGUAAAAGUGAGAAUUGAAGACACAUUAGAAGAUACUAUGACUUUAUUUUUGUAAAAUAAAUUAUUUUAACAAUA